AUGAUCUCCCCACCAGACAUAGAACCAACAAUAUGGAACAGAACGGACACCACAGAACUAACAAUAGAAAACGCCAAAGAAGAAAGAUACAACCUAACGAACACUUUCUACAACGUCAUUACAAGAAUAGAUGAGAAAGAAGAAUGCAAUACCACGGUCAAUUCUUCUGUAGGGGUGACAUGUGGCGAGCAAACGUAUGACUGCUUCGAAAUAAGUGUGGUUAUUAUUCUGUGUUUGCUUAUAGUGGUGACUGUGAUUGGUAAUACGUUGAUUAUUUCUGCUGUUGUGACGACUAAACGGUUGAGGACGGUGACGAAUUGUUUUGUGACCAGUUUGGCGGUCGCUGAUUUGCUUGUGGGGAUUUUUGUGAUGCCGCCUGCUAUUGCUGUGCAUAUAAGUGGUAAAUGGGAGCUCGGUUGGAUACUCUGCGACAUCUGGAUAAGUCUGGACAUCCUCCUCUGCACCGCCUCCAUCCUAUCCUUAUGUGCCAUCAGUGUGGACCGCUAUCUAGCUGUCACCAGGCCUCUUACGUACUCCAGAAGAAGAAGGUCCAAGAAGCUGGCUUUGACGAUGAUAUUUUUUGUCUGGAUCGCCGCGGGAGCUAUUACUUGUCCACCUAUGUUUGGUUGGUAUGAACCAGACCACAAUCAGAACGGGAACUGCCGCUACAAUCAGAACCCUGGUUACGUGGUGUUCUCUGCCAUGGGGUCGUUCUUCCUACCCAUGGCUGUCAUGGUGUACGUGUAUGCCAGGAUCUCCUGUGUCGUGGCCAGGAGACACCAGCAGUUGGCCAGCAGUACUAAGUGUAGUAAGAAAGGAAAACUGUCCUGCAUACGAACCGAAUCCGAAUCCGGUUCCGACAAGAUGUCGUUACGACAAUCGGCUUCCAAACAGACUUCUAAAAACUCCACACAACCGAGCGACUGUUCUUCUCAAGACCACAAAUGUCCUUGCUGCUUCAGACCCGAAAAGAAGAAAAAAUACAGAAAUAAGGAAAAAGAAUCUAGGUUCUACAAUAACGACGUGACUUUUAAAGCCAAUUUUAAGUAUAAAAACACGACUAGACGCACUCAUUCUAUGAAAGAACAUGUUGAGAAUAAUAGGGUAUCUUCUUUGAGAAGGGAAACAAAAACUGCUCAAACGUUAAGUCUCGUUGUUGGCGGUUUUGUGGCUUGCUGGCUGCCAUUUUUUCUGUACUACCUUCUUACUCCUUUCAUACCUACGAACUACGUGAAUCCUGUACUUAUGUAUAUACUCACUUGGCUAGGCUGGUUUAACUCAGCGAUUAACCCAUUCAUAUACGCUUUCUACUCACCUGAUUUCAGAGUAGCAUUUUGGAGGCUUACCAUACGAAAAUGUAAGAGAAAUAAACGUUAAUACAAGUUAUUUUUUCAAUAGUAAUAGCUACUUAUAGUUUAUGUUGUACCAUAUAAAUGGGAUUCAGU